GUUAAAACAGCCCCACCGCGCUCCCUGUCCGCGCCUCGGGUGCGAGGCAGCCCUGCCCUCGCCGCACGCACCAGCCAGGCUGCUCCUCCGGCCCCUUCCCCGACCCGGCCCCGGCCUGGCCGCACGGAGCUGUCUACCCACGGCGGGUGCUGAACUGCCCGACGCGGCAGCGGUGGCCGCAGUCCUCCCGGCCUCGCCCCGGCGACCGGAGCCGAGGUAGGCGGCGGCGGGCGCCGCGGAGGAUGGGGGCAGCCGGCGGCGACCCCGCGCAGCCCGCCUGAGCCCGCCCGCGCCCCGCACACAAAGCCUGGCAGCGGCCAUGGAAGAGGAACUGAAGUGCCCGGUGUGCGGCUCGCUCUUCCGGGAGCCCAUCAUCCUGCCCUGCUCGCACAAUGUCUGCCUGCCCUGCGCCCGCACCAUCGCCGUGCAGACCCCGGAGAGCGAGCAGCACCUCCCGGCCCUGCUUCAUCCGCGGAGCCCCGCGCCGGCCGCCGCUGCCGCUGCCGCCGCCGCCGCCGCGCCGGGGCCGGGAGCGGGAGCGGCCGCGGGCUCCACCGCCUGCCCGGACUCGGAGUGCGCGGCCGGCGGCGGCGGGGACCACGCGGACAAGCUGAGCCUGCACAGCGAGACCGACAGCGGGUACGGCUCCUACACCCCCAGCCUCAAGUCCCCCAACGGUGUGCGGGUGCUGCCGCUAGUGCCGGCGCCCCCGGGAGCGGCGGCUGCGGCUCCGCGGGGCGCCGGCCCCGCCAGCUCGUCCCUCACCUGCCCGCAGUGCCACAGGAGCGCCUCCCUGGACCAGCGCGGCCUCCGCGGCUUCCAGCGCAACCGGCUGCUGGAGGCCAUCGUGCAGCGCUACCAGCAGGGCCGCGCUGCUGCCGCGGCCGCCGCCAAGUGCCAGCUCUGCGACCGCAGCCCUCCCGAGCCGGCAGCGGUGCUGUGCGAGCAGUGCGAGGUGCUGUACUGCGCUGCCUGCCAGCUCCGCUGCCACCCGGCCCGCGGGCCCUUCGCCAAGCACCGCCUGGUCCCGCCGCCCUCACACCCGGGCGCCCCCGGCGGCGGCGACGGCGGCGGGAAGGGGGCGGGCGGCGGCCGCAAGCUGCCGACGUGCGCCGAGCACGACCUGGAGAACUACAGCAUGUACUGCGUGAGCUGCCGCAGCCCCGUGUGCUACCAGUGCCUGGAGGAGGGCAAGCACGGCAAGCACGACGUCAAACCCUUGGGCGCAAUGUGGAAGCAACACAAGGCACAGCUCUCUCAGGCUUUAAAUGGUGUUUCAGAUAAAGCAAAGGAAGCAAAAGAAUUUCUGGUCCAGCUGAAAAAUUUAUUGCAGCAGAUCCAGGAGAAUGGGUUGGAUUAUGAAGCCUGCCUUGUUGCUCAGUGUGAUGCCUUGGUUGAUGCAUUAACACGACAGAAAGCAAAACUGCUCACAAAGGUGACCAAAGAACGUGAGCACAAGCUGAAGGUUGUCUGGGACCAGAUAAAUCACUGUACUCUGAAGCUACGCCAGUCAACGGGGCUUAUGGAGUACUGCCUAGAAGUUAUCAAAGAAAAUGAUCCCUCUGGGUUUUUACAGAUUUCAGAUGCUUUAAUCAAGCGUGUUCAGGUAUCUCAGGAACAGUGGGUCAAAGGAGCCUUGGAGCCAAAAGUGUCUGCUGAGUUUGACUUGACUCUGGAUAGUGAACCUUUGCUGCAGUCAAUUCACCAGCUGGAUUUUAUUCAGAUGAAAUGUAGGGUUCCUGUUGCAGUGCCACCCGUCCCCUUACUGCAGCUGGAGAAGUGCUGCACCAGAAACAACAGUGUGACAUUGGCCUGGAGGAUGCCACCCUUGACCCACAACCCGGUGGAGGGUUAUAUCUUGGAACUUGAUGAUGGAGAUGGAGGCCAAUUCAGAGAAGUAUAUGUUGGCAAGGAGACUCUCUGCACCAUCGAUGGCCUUCAUUUCAACAGUACCUAUAAUGCAAGAGUCAAAGCUUUCAACUCAUCGGGAGUUGGUCCUUACAGCAAGAUGGUUAUUUUACAGACGUCAGAUGUGGCAUGGUUCACCUUCGACCCCUCCUCAGCUCACAGAGACAUAGUGCUGUCGAACGACAACCAGACUGCCACCUGCAACAGCUACGAUGACCGGGUUGUUCUUGGCACAGCAGCCUUCUCCAAGGGUGUGCAUUACUGGGAACUGCAUGUGGAUAGGUAUGACAACCAUCCAGAUCCAGCCUUUGGCAUUGCCAGGAUUAACGUCGUCAAGGACAUGAUGCUAGGCAAGGACGACAAGGCAUGGGCUAUGUAUGUUGACAACAACCGCAGCUGGUUCAUGCAUUGCAAUUCUCACACCAAUAGGACUGAAGGAGGAGUUUCUAAAGGUGCCACUGUUGGUGUUCUCCUGGAUCUGAACAAGCACAACUUGACCUUUUACAUAAAUGGGCAGCAGCAAGGGCCUCCAGCAUUUGAAAACAUUGAAGGUGUCUUCAUGCCUGCGCUGAGCCUCAAUCGAAACGUCCAGGUGACCCUACACACAGGACUCGAAGUACCACAAUGUGUGAAACAAUCCAAGCUGCCCAACAACUAAUGAAAUCCCUGCCUGACCUUGACCUGGAUUCUGUAAGCUUUCUCAGUGUGAUUUGGCACUUUUUAGCAAGUCAGUAAAAUAAGCAUUCUCUUCCCUGACUUAAAGUACUGUACAGCAUGUUGCUCACUGAAUAACCACUGGUUACAGCUAGCCCACUCCAUUUUUAAUUUAACAGCCAUAGCAAGCAUACCCACUGAACUGGCACUCAGUUGCAGAUGGGUACCUGAACAUAUCUACACUGCAUCGCAUACAUAUGUACACGUAUGUGCACACACACAUGUGCAUUAUAAAGCAAAAGGUUAAAUAGGUGUAUUUUCUCUCUUAUGGCUGUAUUUGUGCUUAGAAGAUAUUAGGGAUGCUGGAAAAAAUGUGUAAGACUAACCUGAGGGUCAAUGGCUAUUGGAGCAAUUUGCCAGUAGGUGAACUGGAUUCCCUUGCCACCUGAAGUCCUUAAAUCAAGAAAGAAUAUGUUUUGACAGCUGAAGUGGAGGUUGUGUGCUCAAGAAUUCCUGGUUGUUCAUUACAUUCAGGGGCUCAAAUGACCAUUAAUUGUUCCUUCUGGCUCUAGACUGCAGUUAGCCAUGGGAUAAAAUCCCCCUACAAUUCAGUGGCAGAACUUCUUAUCUUCAACAAGAAUAAGCUUGGUUUCCAAACACUGCCAUGCAAUAGUAGUGCUCAUUUUAGCUAACACCAUGAUACAUGCAGAAUUCAGAUACAAAAAGUAGAGAGAAAAAUAUCCUUGAUGCAUUUUAGUGUUUGAUAUUUAGGUGUGAUAGUGGAGACUAUCACAUACAGACAUUCUCAUCAUGGUUAUAAGCACAGCUCUUGAAAAACAUUGCAGGGUCUUUCAAUUGAAUUGAUAAGAGAUGUACUUUAAUACAGCAUGUGCAAGGUGUCCCAUGUAGAGAAAUGCUACUUUCCAGCCUUGAUAAGCCCUGGGCAGCUGUAGUUCCAAUGUAGCUUUGAGAUCACAAGCCUUAAUUUUCUAUUAGAUUAGUGCAAGCUAAUUAAUAUCUUGCUUAAUGAAGCACUUGAGUGAGACAGAUUCACAGCAUUAUUGUGAAAUGUGUCCCUAAGAAUUUUUUUGCACUGGGGCGUAAAUCUUUUGCAAGACUUGCCCGUAUCUGGAUUUCCCAUGAAAACAAGCAGCCGUUUAGGUGCUGCCCAUGAGAACUGGAGGCUGACUGACAG